AUGGUACUCAACUACAUAGUUCAUGAGCUAGUCCCCGCCAACAUGAUAAACUUGUUCCAGCCUCUAGAUAUUACGAUAACACUUGAGUGGGGUGAUGUAGACGUGUUCGUGCCCACUAAAACUAGUUGCUUUGGGAGGAGAGUUGUAGAGGAGGAGCAUUACAUACUGUCAGGAGUAGGAGGAAGUGUAGGUACCGGUACUCUGGUUGGUAUUAUGGGUGAGAGCGGCAGUGGCAAAACUACACUGCUGCAAACUAUUUCCAAACAACUUCCAUCUUCUCUUACAGCGCUUGGUACGACAAUUGCUUACAAUUACUUUCGGUUUGAUGAGUUUCCUCCUUGUUUGACCGUCACCGAGCAUCUUCACUUCCAAGCCACCCUCAGACUUGGACCUAGUUACUCUCAGAUUGCUAAAGCAGGAAAGGUGCUGAAAAUUUUAGACGAACUGAACCUGACGAAAGUGAGGUACUCUAGGAUAGGAUCGAGUAAAGAAGAAAGGGGUAUAAGUGGGGGUGAACUGAAGAGACUCUCUGUUGCACAGGAGCUACUUGUUGACCCUUCUCUUAUUAUCUUAGACGAACCUACUUCAGGUUUGGAUACAUUCAUGUCAGAACAACUGGUGAACAGUCUAAAACACUUGACUCUCAAAGGACGGUCCGUGCUGUGUACAAUCCACCAACCAUCCGCUGAAACAUUCGCUCUGUUCGACAAAGUUCUACUGAUGAAGUUAGGUCACGUAGUGUUUGAGGGACUGCCUGGUGACAUCAUGGAGUUGCUCCAGAGCGCCGGUGCAGCUGCUCCGACUGAUAAGAACAUCAACCCUGCUGAUUAUUUACUGUACUCACUGUGUACUGAGUCAGAUGUGGUGAUCAGUGCUUUACAAAGGUCGAGUUUGGUGGACUCGCUGAGUCAAACAGCAGUUCCAGUCUCUGGAGUAGAGUACGUGAUGAUGUCAAAAAGUCGAGCUAGUGCACGACAGUACUCAGUAUGGCAGGAGAUCUUCGUCCUCAGCAAAAGAGAUGGGAUUACUUAUCUGAGGAACAGAGGACAGCUCGUCAGUAAAGGGGUUGAACUGGUGGUGGUACCCGUACUGCUGGGUCUGCUAUACUGGAAGCUAGAUAGCACCUUCCAAUAUGUCCAGUCCAAACUGGGGCUCAUGUUUCUCGUGCUCUUCUACUGGAACUACUCUUGCUAUAUUUCAGUUAUGCCAGUUGAACUAUUCGACAGAGUUUCUUACAAACGUGAGAUCAGAUCCUCAAUGUACAGUGCAACAUCCUGGAUGAUUUCCAAAUCACUUGUCCGUAUACCAUUCGAAACACUGUUCACAAUUAUCUUCGUCACCGCAAUAUAUUGGAUGGCUGGACUAGAUUCAAGACCUCAUAACUUCGCGGUCACUCUAAUAGCUGCCUGGCUGAGCGCAGAAAGUGCGGUUUCGUUCGGAUACCUCACCUCUGUCAUAUCACCAUCCUUCAAGGUGGCAAUGGCUCUUCACAUCCCCAUAAUUCUUCCUUUAUUCAUCACUGCAGGCCUCUUUAUAAACGCAGCAACUGUACCCUGGUACUUGGUGUGGUGUCAGUGGUUAUCCUUCUACUACUACUCCUUUGAGAUGAUGUGUUCUAGCCAGUUUACCAGCUCAGUUCCCUUCCCAGGAUGUGAAACGGGAACAUGUCCCCUAAACACUGAUGAAACUGGUUUCCUCAUCGUGGCAUUUCGGACCGCCAAAAAUCACAUCUCCGCCUACGUCAGCUCGGCCCUUCAUGAGAACAUCACAUCCGAAUUAAGAUUCCUCAGUUCUAAGGACUCAGCUGGAUAA